CCUUGAAAGAAACUCUCCUCCAGCAUUCCCUUAAAGAUUCCUUUAAAAAUAGCUAGCAGAUUUUGAGAAAAGUCAAAUAGUCUAAUACAAGAUGUACAUGCGUACGUGUAAUAAAAAUAAAUAAACCAAAAAUCUACACGAAAGUUUUCGUUUAAACCGUUUUUGUUUUUUGUUAAUUAAGUGCGGUUUACAAAUUAGGGAGUCCGAACCCUGAAUACAACGUCAACAGUUUGUAUUAUUCGUUGUAGAGAGGUGGGUAAUUUUUGAUUCCGAAUGCUGAAGUCAUCUAAAUCCACAGGGCAAGGAGAAAAGUUGUGCACUAAUUUUUUUCGUUAAUUGUUCAUUUACUUAUAAAUAUUUAUUCGUUGGUUUUGUACAUUUCGUGCGAUCUCAAUCGGUAUUGCCAGCGUUUUUGUAGAUUUGCUAUUGUGUGCCGCGAAUUGUCGUCGUAUUGCUUCGUUGUCGACAGUUUCACAAUCGGCUAAGUUAAUCGUUUAUUUUUUAAUGGAUUUUGUGUAUUCGUCGUGUCGUGGCGGCGAAAUUUUCUGUUUCCUUGUAAUGGACGGAAAUGUGAUCAAAUAAUAGUAUUAAAGUUUUAAGGACAGAAAGUGUUUACAAGUGAGGAAAGUGAACAAUAACAAAAAAAGUACAUAAACCUGCCAAAACUAUAUUUUUCUGUCGUAUGUUUGUGCUGGAAAUUGCGAAUAUUUUUUAUUUAACUCGUUGCUAUUUGUGAAUGGUAGGAGAGUUCAGACAUUAAAAAUAGUGGUUCUAGUACAGAAAAUAUACAUAUAUGUACAUACCUAAAAUUAUUGUAUGUAUAUAUGUAUUAUUAAGGUGUAAGAGCUAAAAGACUGCUAAAUGAAUACAAGAACAACAAUCGUGAGAUUUUCUGCAAUCUACUAGUUUUUGCAUCCCGUUGUCAUCAUUCAAGUACAUAUCUGAAGAAGUGAAAAGUAAGCUGAGAUUAAAGUGAGUGCUAACCUCGAGGAUAAAUCAUUUACUGCUGGAAUACGAACUUAAUUGUUCUCGAGAAGAAAACAAACAGAAAAAUGCCACAAAUAUAGACGUACCAACGUAUAAAAAUAUUUAAAGAUUGAAAGCACACAAAAGCUAUUCCGAUAAACGAUCAAUGAAAGGACUUGCUUUUAAGUGCAUAAAUAUAUAAACUUUAAAAGGUAUGAAUGCAACAAAUAUGUGUAACACUAACGAUGUUACAAAAAAACAGGAUACAUAAAAAAUUAAGACGACAAAUGUGUCAGGAGGGCGACAUCAACUAAAAAACAUAAAUGAAUCGGAACAACAUUGAGCAGAUCAACAUCAUAUUAACUGCUAAAUAAUAAUACAACAUCAAAUUUGUAUUGGGCCAACAAAAGAGAUAAAUUAUAAAGAACAUAACGUGCGCACAAUGCUAGCAGCUAAUUUACCAGUAUGCCAAUACGCUGGAAUGCCUGGACAAAGCAACAGUAACAACGGUGGAACCAAUAAUAACAAUAACGGUAGUGCUAAUAAUACUAAGACAAAUAACACUGGAAGUGGUAAUUCUGGCCCUAGUAUUUCGAACUCGAAUAAUAAUAAUGUUGGCAAUAGCAAUAGUAAUGUUGGAUUAGUUGGUGGUGGUACUUCUGCCGCAGCUGCUAAAAAUCAAUUAGAGCAAUUAAAUACAAUGCGUGAAGCGCUUUUUUCUCAGGAUGGCUGGGGAUGCCAGCAUGUUAAUCAGGAUACGAACUGGGAAGUGCCUAGUUCACCUGAGCCAACAAACAAGGACCCAUCUGGAGCACCAACAAUGUGGAAACCAACUAUAAAUAAUGGCACUGACCUGUGGGAAUUAAAUUUAAGAAACGGUGGCCAGCCACCAACUCAGCCAGUUCAAAAAACACCGUGGGGUCAUACACCAUCGUCUAAUUUAGGUGGAACAUGGGGAGAAGAUGAUGAUGGCGCGGACAGUAGCAGUGUUUGGACUGGUUCAUCAAAUAAUCCUACAUCUGCAGGUGCUGUCGGCGUAGCUGGAGUCAGUUCGACGGGAGUUGCCGCUAAUGUUCCUGUGAACGGACCACAAUGGGGUCAAAGCUCUGUAGGUGUUGGCGUAGGCACAUCUGGAAAUGCUGCUGGGGCGCCAUCUGUGAACAUAGGCAGUGUGUCUGCCGUAGGUAGUGCUACUGGUGGCCCUGGCGUGAAUGUUACUGGUAGCGUAAAUUCAGUCUCAGCUAGUGGCUCAGCUGGUAAUAAUUGGAGCGAUUCUCGUGAAAUGAGCAGUGGUACAGUAAGCGGCGUAAUAGCAAUGCGCGGAGUUGACCCACGUGAUCAAAUUCGGGGCACCUCAGCUGCCGAGCCGCGUGAUUUACGCAUGUUAGAUCCACGUGAUCCGAUUCGUGGUGAUCCUCGAGGGAUUUCGGGACGUUUAAAUGGAACAUCGGAAAUGUGGGGACAACACCAUUCCAUGACACAUAAUCAAAUACCUGCAAUGAACAAAAUAGUGGGGCCCGGUGGAGUAGGUGCCGGCGUGUCCACUGGUGCUGUAGUUGCUGGUGCAGGCGUAGCUGGCAUCGGACCCGGCGGUGUCAACGCUAUAAAUCCUGGCGGCGUUAGCGGUAAUGUAAAUGCUCAUUGGGGCGCAUCUUCAGCGGUUGUUGGACCAAAAGAUAUUACUUCAAUGGCAGGUAAAGUCACUGGAUGGGAGGAACCAUCGCCCCCACCACAGCGACGAAAUAUACCUAACUAUGACGAUGGAACAUCUUUAUGGGGACAACAGUCACGUGUAUCUGGCGGAGGUAGUUCUCAUUGGAAGGAUAUUUCUGAUCCAAUGAACAGGCAUUUAACUCGAAACGCUGUAGGUAACCAAAAUACCACAAAUACGGUGGCUGGUCUUGGCAGCGGAGCUGGAAAUGGACUAGGCGGCAAUCAGGGUGUACUAAAUGCGCCAGUCGUUGGUGGUAAUACAAAUAAUCCCAUUAGCAGUGUUGGUCCCCAAGGCCGGCUUGGUUCAGGUGUUGGUCCCGGUGCUGGCGUCAAUCAGCAUAAACCUGAUAAUACUAUGUGGGUGCAUGCGAGCAAUCCGAAUGUGAAUGCUCGUAAUGCUGCCGCGUGGGGUGAUGAGACCAACCAUAAUGUGGGCCCUAAUUCCGGCGUAAACUGGAUGGAUGACAAAACUAACGCUGGUAUUGGACAACUAGGCGUCAGUGUAGGUGGUGCUAAUUCUUGGAAUGAUCCUCCUGCAUCUUGGAAUAAAAGUCAAAACAAAAUGCCUGUUGGUGCCGCAGGGUGGGGUGCGGCAACAGGAAAUGACGGAACCGAUUUGUCAACAGAUUGGAAUGGGCACGGCGGCAUUGUAGGCAAAACCCAACAGAAAAUAGGGAGUGUUAACGUUAACAUUGGUAACCUGAACACUGACGUGAUCAAACAGAGUAAACAAUACCGAGUACUUGUUGAAAAUGGCUUUAAAAAAGAGGACGUGGAACGAGCUCUAAUAAACGCCAAUAUGAACAUCGAAGAAGCUGCAGACCUCCUCCGGGCUAAUGCUACAAUGGCGAUGGAUUGGAGAAGACACGAAGAAACUUUGGGUUCCUAUGGUGAUCACCCUAAUCCUGGUAGCUUUCCAGGGCGCUACCCUCCAACGGCCACUCAGCCUACUAUGCCAUUCCCUCCGAACAUUUUAAAUAAUAUGAGCGGCAACGCUGUUAGUGCCAGCGGUAAUAAUUCAAACCUGGCAGCGCUCAAUUCACUACAACCACUUCCAGUGCAAAAGUAUCUGAAUUCAGCACCACAUAAUGUUGCAAGUGGACCGCAGACUAUGAAUCCUGCCGUCGCAUUUGGACAGGGGGUUGCUAAUGUUACUGCGGCUGUAAAUGCGGCUUCGAAUAGUAACAGCCAACCAUCUGCUCAACAACUACGUGUUCUUGUUCAGCAAAUACAAUUAGCUGUGCAUAGUGGUUACUUAUCCAGCCAAAUUUUAUCAGAGCCUUUGCCAUCCUCAAUGCUCGUACUUUUGUAUCAAUUAUUAACAAACAUAAAACACCUCCAAGCGGCACAGCAGUCCUUGACACGUGGUGGCAACAAUGCCAAUAACUCACAAAUUAGUUAUGCUAUCGCCAAAUAUAAGCAGCAAAUCCAAAAUUUACAAAAUCAAAUAAACGCACAACAAGCGUUCAUACUAAAGCAAAAGCAGCAGUCCAUGCCACAAAACACACAACAGCAUCCUGCAGCACAUGCCAACAGUUCUAACCUGGAGUAUAUUAGGGGACAGCAUGAUGCCAUAAGUGCUUUGCAAGGCAAUUUUUCAGAAAUGAACUUGUCUAAGCAUAGUGGUUAUCCAGGUGGUCCAAAUUCACAGUCAAAGCUUAUAAAUCAGUGGAAACUUCCAGAAAAGGAUAUGACAUCUGAAAGCACAGAUUUUUCUCGGGCACCAGGAGCAACCAAACAAAACUUAUCUAGCGCUCCUGGAAAUACUAUGGGCCCCCUGGGUCUACAAAAUGAUGGCACUUGGUCAACUGGACGAAGUAUUGGUGACGGUUGGCCAGACUCAUCCACUGAAACUGAGAAUAAAGACUGGUCCGUUGCACAACCUACGCCUGCAGCGACUUACACCGAUUUAGUUCAAGAAUUUGAACCAGGAAAGCCAUGGAAGGGCUCCCAGAUUAAAAGUAUAGAAGACGAUCCUAGUAUAACUCCCGGCAGUGUAGCUAGAUCUCCGUUGUCUAUUAAUUCGACGCCAAAAGAAGCUGAUAUUUUUGCAAAUCCUAGCAAAAGUUCACCGACUGAUUUAACACCGCUAAGUUUAUCCUCAUCCACAUGGAGCUUUAAUCCAUCAUCAAGCAAUCAAAACUUUCAAAGUUGGUCCGAUAGUCCACAACAAUGUGCCCCGUCGGAAUUAUGGGCAACUUCAAUGAACAAGACUUCUCGAGGUCCACCACCAGGCUUAGGUUCAAGCAAAGGUGCAGGCGUAUCGGUAACUGGCGUACCAUCCGUAACAAAUUCCUCGGUAGUUGCUGGCAGUUCAAAUGGAUGGGUUGUUACAGGCGGCCGUGGAGUUCCCAAUAGCACUUCUGGUUGGAAUACAGCAAAUUCGGGAUGGAACUCCACAUGGCUAUUACUCAAAAAUUUGACCGCACAGAUUGAUGGCUCAACUUUACGUACCUUAUGCAUGCAGCAUGGCCCACUUGCAAAUUUUCAUUUAUAUUUAAAUCAAGGAAUUGCCUUAUGUAAAUAUGCAACUCGCGAAGAAGCAAACAAAGCCCAAAUGACAUUAAAUAACUGUGUUCUCGGUAGCACUACCAUUUGUGCAGAGUCGCCGAGUGAAAAUGAAGUUCAAAGUAUUUUACAACAUUUGCCACAGACGUCUAACACUGUUUCGGGAUGUGGUUUAAUAGGAAACGGAGGCAAUGGGGCGAACAAUGCUUCAAAUAGUGGCGUAAGUGUUAGUGGUGGAAAUGGUUCCAUAUCGUCUAGCAGUGGUAAUAACAAUGUAGGACCCUGUGGUAGUGUUGGUGGUGUAAGCGGUGGUAAUGUUAACGGCAGCAUGGCCACCCAUUCAGUAGCGAGCGGCUCAGGUGGUAAUAAUGGUUGCGGAAGCAAUGCAAUGAACAGUGGAAGCACUGGGGGCAACGGCAACGGCAGCAAUAGUCAAAAUCAACCUGUUUCUGGUGCUUGCAGCUCAAACAGUGGCAAAAACGGAAAUAGUAAUAAUAUUACUAGUGGUAACGGUAGUUCAAAUGCCACUUCAAAUAGUGUUGUCGGAAGUAAUAACGCUGUGGCUGCACCUGCAUGGCGUCAAACACAAAAUCCACAAAAUCAGCCAAGACCAUCUGGUAGGGAUGAAUAUGAUUAUAUUUCCAAGUUUGUUUGCUCCAUUGUAGAUGAUUAAAGUUACAGUAAGAAGAAUGCGUUUAAAAUUUGUAUUUAAUAUAAAUCAAGUUAUGAUUCUUAACUACUCGACGAAGUUACAACAGAAUUACAAGGUAUAUAGAUUGACUGAUA